AUGGCCAUGUUUUCUGUUCCAUCUUCAAACCGCAGCUUUGACAUUCUCUCAACAAUGUCGUUCCAAGAUGUACCGCAUGCGCCGUUUCCUACUACUGGACUUUCAGCCGAGGAUAAUACUUUGCUUAUGGGUGGUUUGAUGAUGUACCCAAAUUACGACGAGCCAGGGAGAAAACAGCUUGUUGGGGACAGUAAAGACAAGGAAAAUUCCACUAGCACUGGUCAGCAGAAACAGAAAAGUGUAUCAACACGGGUAAAUAUACACAAGAAGGGUGGGAGGGAGACUGGCGCUGUGUCAAUGUCAAACGAGACCAAGAAACGUGGACGUCCAAGGGUGGACUGUCCCGAUAGAACGGCUGCCGAACGCCGUCGGACUCAGAUACGGCUUGCUCAACGAGCAUACAGAAUGCGAAAGGAAACCGCAAUCUCGUCUCUAACCCAGCGUGUUACAGAGCUAGAAGCAAACAUGCAAGAGAUGAGGGAAGCAUUCCUAGCUUUCAACGACGAAGCUGUGAGAAGUGGCGCUCUAUCGGCAUAUCCAAGGCUGGCACAACAGUUGGAAAGGACGACAAGGCGGGUCAUGUCCUUGACCCCCGAGGUCUCAGAGGGUGGUAAGAGUCCUACAAGUGACUUGGACGAAUUACCAGCGCCAACGACCGCUGCAGAAAACGCCAGCUGUGUUAUUUUGAGCAAUCCCACAGAUACUUAUGCCAGUGAUGAAUCAUGCCAGAAUGUUCAUGACAAAUUGGGGUAUUUCAACGCCGAGCCCUUGCCAUUGAAGGACGGCAAUAACCUCUUAUAUAUGAGUACUAUCCCUACCGAUACUACCCAAUUUUAUGGCCCCACGACAAAUGAUGCUAUAACCUCUAUCAACAUCCCUUCAGUCAGCAUUCCCGCUUUCGAAGGGACUGGAUUGUCCUAUUGCCCUCUCCCUUCUCCUUGCUCUAGCGGUGGAUACCUUUUCAGCCGCGACCUUCCAAUUACGUAUAGCCAUCAAGAGUCCAGCUUUGCUCGUCGGCUCCAUCGCCGCUCACUCGAAUACGGCUAUGCUCUAUUGACAAACCCUGGGACACGACCAGAGCGCUUGACCCACAAGUUCAGGCUCACAUUCUACCUGACUAUGAGAAGUCAUCUACAUAACUCGUUUACUACCCUACUACGAAGAACUGCAAACGAGCCGUUGGAAUUCAUAGAAAAACCACACUUCUGUCUUGGGGGCGCAGGAAUGCAUUAUCCUCGAAGAGAUGGUCUUGGGAAUAGCAUGUUUCCUCCGAAUAUGCAAUCCCUGGACCGUGUCCUCGGGACGCUCCUCUCUCAGAUGGGGGAAAAUGAGCAGUUCAGUACCGUGCAAGAAUUUAUUGAGAAAAUGGGACUCGGAGGCACUUGGUUCGACUGCCAUGAUGUGGAAGGGUAUCUGAAAACAAAAGGCAUCCACCUGGGCAGUCUUUCCACCUUCAUCGAAAUUCCCUCCUCCCUCGUUGCGAAUUCUCGCAAGCUGCUAGCUUCUAAUAAACUCGCCCAUCCUCCUCGCUCACAACCAAAUGUACAAGUUGCAACUUCCUCCAUCGAAACCUCAUACUCGCCAUUGAAGCACCGCAGCAAUUAUAACAGUCCUAGUAGCAGUUCGUCUAUUAUGCGACCACUCGGGCUUGAUUCUCAGUUCCUACCUCCAACACCCGCUAUCGACCAAACUGUAAAUUUCAGCACUGUAACUCACAGACCACGAACCGUGAUUUUGGAUGUUGAGAAAUUUACCACUCAACUAGCAAGCCGAUCAACUUGCCUCGGGAGAGCCCCCGGCUUUAGAAAGCAGGACGUCCACGCAGCCAUCAAUGCAUCUAUUUGCACGCCUGAUGCGUGA